GACACCAUCAGCCACAUCUCUGAUGCCCAUCCCCGCGUGAGGAGGACCCCCGAUACACAACUCCGGAGCAGCUUUGAGUGCAAUAAGUACGAACAGCCACCGGAUCUUUAUUAAUAGAUUUAAGUUUUGCAGUUUGCAGAAGAGGAGAGGAGAGUGCACGGGGACCACAAAAAGUAAAGGUAGAAAACAACGAUGGCUAACUCCGGGAUCCAGCUGCUUGGAUUUUUCCUCUCGCUAAUCGGCAUCGUUGGGUUGAUCUUCGGGACUAUUUUACCGCAGUGGAAGAUGUCAGCCUACAUCGGGGACAACAUCAUCACAGCUGUGGCCAUGUACCAGGGACUGUGGAUGUCCUGCGCCUUUCAGAGCACCGGGCAGCUGCAGUGUAAAAUCUACGACUCCAUCCUGCAGCUGGACAGUUCUCUCCAGGCGACUCGAGCCUUGAUGAUCGUCGGUAUCAUCGUGUCCCUCGCAGGUCUGGGUGUGGCCUGCAUGGGGAUGAAGUGCACCACCUGUGCAGGUAGUGACAAACUAAGAAAGUCCCGCAUUGCAAUGACAGGAGGCAUCAUCCUGCUAGUGGGAGGGCUCUGUGCCAUCGUAGCGUGCUCCUGGUUUGCUCAUAAUGUGAUCCGGGCUUUCUAUAAUCCAUACACUCCAGUCAACACCAAGUUUGAGUUUGGUGCAGCCAUCUUCAUCGCCUGGGGGGGCGCCCUCCUAGACGUCCUGGGCGGUGCCAUGCUGGCCGCUUCCUGCCCACGAAAGAAACACGCGUCCAAGUACCCGUCCAUCGCUGGCUCUCGUGCCGGUCCGCCAAGCAGCACUAAAGAAUACGUGUGAGAGCGCCCCCUAGAGCUGGGCAGUCCAACAAGAGCCGACAAAGAAGUUUACCUCCAUUUCCGCAGCACUAUAGGGAGGAAGACAACUGAUGCCUUUUAGGGAAAAUGUGAUACACAGAGGCACAGCACUCCUGAGAUGGGACCCUUUUUUUUUUUUUUUUUGACCCUGCAGGCCUUUGAUAACCUCUUUAUAUCAUGCACACCUCAAUUGUUUCAUGAAUGAUGUAUCUCAUCCCAUCCACACAUUCCACAAUUGUUUACAAGUGAUCUUCACAAAUACAUUAUAAUUGGAUCCCAUGACAUUAUAUACAAGCCACUUCUCCAAUCGUAGCUUAAGAGGGGGAUUUCAGCCAACAUUUGCGCUUCCAUGUUAGAACUAGCAUCUGUUAGCAUUUGCCAUGUAAUUAAAAGUCAUUAAUUUGGCUUUGGUGGUUAAGCUGGUGGCUCAGGGGAACAGAGACACACAGGGUGACAAUACAGUGUUUUAUCGGAGCUGUUGCUCGUUCUAAUUUGGACGCUGCAAUGAGCAGGGUGUGACUUCACACACAAGGGGGGGGGGGGCUCAGUGUGUAGGAUGACCAGAUCACACUCAGGCAUUUUACUACAACACUCACUACAAACCCCCUCCCAUCUUCACACCCGUCUGUUACAAACCCUGCUCGCCUAUGAAAUAUUUGAUCGUGUAGUCACAGUCGCUCUUAAUAGCCCUCCUUAUCAGCCACCGUGAGACAACGCCGCCUCUAUUUAUUUUUUCCACACGUAGGACAAGCUUUUUUUUGCUCUCGUGUAGUUUUAUAUAAUUGGUAGUUCAACCAGCUUUCAGAGAUGUUAAGUCCUAUUUUUAUUAAUCUUCUAUGAGCAUUGUGGGCUGUUUUUUUUGUUUUUUUUAAAUGCCAUAGUUUUAUACACUGUAGCGAAUAUUGGUGUUAUGAAAGAUGACUUUAAGGUUUUUAACAUUUUCAACAACUACUUUAACAAUAAAAGAAAAAUGCAACAUU